UUUUUUUGGAAGCUGCUGAAGGUUCUUGAGCAUUCAAUGCCACCUGACAACAUCAUGCAGAGGAUUGUUUGCAACGCUCUGGCUCUGGUUCAGAAGCGCCCUGGGCUUAACUUAUUACCUUGUUGAACCGUGGAGCAUUGUUGUUGCAGUAGCUGCCUAGGAGUCGCGCAGUAACUCUCGGGUCACUGACCCUCGCUGCCUUGCAUUGACGACCGGCAACGCCAUGCGCAGUCAAAGACGCUGUUUCCAUCGCAUCACAACGCCCAGCUUUGCGAAGCAUCAGGCUUCCAGCCACCGACUGCUCUGCACAACAAGCGUCCUGGAAGCACAAACACUACCGACGGCAAUAGGUUGUGCGCACAGUAGCAGGAUUGGUAGCCCAGCAAACCACGGCGGUGGCUAUGCGCAGAACCGAAACCGUGCACAGCAUAUAUUGUGUUCCGCCUGCGGUGUCCGAGAGGCCUUCCGUCUUCGUAGCAACACCUUUCAGGCCACACAGGUCCUCCUACCCGCUCAGUCAAUAUUCUUCGCAUGAACCUGAGGUCCCACUAGCACAUCGAGGUGGGUUCAGUCAACGAUGCAAAACUUCGCCAUACUCUUCCACUUCCACGCGGCUUUCAGAAGCACCAGCCUUUCCGACAGUCAACUUUCCUGCCAGGAUCCAAGAACAUUCCAUCUCCAACACGGACGUCAACAUUCCUGUGCAACGCCUGGAGGCCAUGAUCUACGAAUGCACCUACAGCACUGCAGCCCUCGAUCUCGACGUCAGAAGCUUCACCACCACGAGCAAUGCCUCAAGUGGCACCAAAAUCAACAGACGAGUUCGGCGGCGUGAUACAGUGCAACUGCAUCAACGAGAGCCAUCCGGCCCGCAAUGGUCCGCUUGCGAUCGAUGCUUCCGGGCUCACAGUGCGCCACACAAACGGCGACACCACGCACUUGCACUUAGUACCCUGAGCAGCGUCAGUUUCUCAUACUGCGCCGUUGCCAACACGCCGAAGACGGGCGUCCUCGGUUCUACCUUCGACUAAAUGGCAAAUUAAUCAAAUCUCGACCGUCACCAGCACCUUCCCAAAUUCGCCCGGGAACAAGACAGCCGUAUCACUCUACACCAAGGCUACGGUGACACACACGUGGUUGAUCCCCGAGGCAAGUACGACACCGAGCAGGUUGAGUAGCAGCGGAAGUGCAGCAUCGAGCAGCCUUUCGUCCA